AUGAAGAAAAUUAUUGUAAAAGAGUUCCAUGAAAUUAUAACAGACCCCAUUUUCCUAGGUGCUUCUGAAAAUAGAAUUGUGCAGCAUGAUGAACUGCCCGUGGUAAACGACGAGCUUUCGGUGACUCUAUAUCUGAAAGUUAAAAGUAUUAGUUCUGGUUGGGCCUGCAUUUUUCAUAAAGGUGAUGAACAUAGUAUUCGCACUCCUGGACUCUGGUUGUGGCCAAACAAAACUACAUUGCAUGCCCGUUUCUCAAGUAACUGGAAUCGCAAUGUUGGAAUUGGUGAGACUACUGCUCUUUCAUUGGAUAAAUGGCACUAUCUAAGCUACACCCUUUCUGAUUCUGAAAAGAGAUUAGACCUCUACAUAGAUUGUUCGUGGGUCGGAUUCUAUAGCAUCCAGGAUGUUCGGACGCAAAAUGUUUUGUUUAAUACAGGACCACUGCAUAUUGGAUCAGCAUUUAAUCCAGGGAUUACUGGUGAAAUUAGGUAUUAUUUAUCACAGUAA